AUGUUUCCUAAAACUGCCGAAAUUAAUAUAUUAUCUUACGCUUUCAUCAAUCUUUCAAAUCUCACUUCAUUUUGUCUUCCACACGAUGUUUGGGUGAAUGAGGAUACAUUCAUUGAAUGUAACAAUAUUAAACAAUUGAGUUACAAUAAUAACGAUUCAGAUUAUAAAUCUAAAUUGGAGAGUUCUGGAAUUGAUUCUAGUAUCCUUCAAUACGGCGAGACUUGCAAAUAUAAUCACAACACAAAUACUGAUAAAUCUAACCGAUUGAAUUCAGAAGAACCUUUACCGUACUAUGCUGAUCCAUUUAAUGUAAUGAUUAUUUCAAUAUUUUAUAAUUAA